AUGGGGCUGUUCGGUAGAACACCGGAGAAACCACCAAAAGAGCUGAUCACUGAGUGGUCAGGAAAAAUCAGGAAAGAAAUGAGAGUGAUUGACAGACAAAUACGAGAUAUUCAAAGGGAAGAAGAAAAAGUUAAAAGAUCCAUCAAAGAUGCUGCCAAAAAGGGCCAGAAGGAUGUGUGUGUGGUUCUCGCAAAGGAGAUGAUUCAAUCAAAGCGGGCGGUCACAAAACUUUACGCUUCCAAAGCCCAAAUGAACUCUGUGCUACUCAGCAUGAAGAAUCAGCUAGCUGUACUGCGUGUAGCCGGGGCCAUGCAGAAGAGCACAGAGGUGAUGAAGGCCAUGCAGAACCUAGUCAAAAUCCCAGAGAUCCAGGCCACCAUGAGGGAACUAUCAAAGGAGAUGAUGAAGGCUGGCAUCAUUGAGGAAAUGCUAGAAGACACAUUUGAGAGCAUGGAGGAUGGAGAGGAGAUGGAGGAAGCAGCAGAGGAGGAAGUUGACAAGAUCCUCUUUGAAAUCACAGCAGGUGCCCUUGGCAAAGCGCCGAGCAAAGUCACAGAUGCCCUGCCUCACAUUGAGCCCCAUGGAGCCACUGCCGCUUCAGAGGAUGAGUCAGAGGAGGACAUUGAAGCGAUGCAGUCAAGAUUGGCAGCUCUGAGGAGCUAAGGUGCGCUGCCACUGUCCUGUCAAAAUCCGUUUGCUAAGUCCAACGAGGACAGAGACAAUUCUGGUUUCACAGUACAGAGCAUCCUCUGCGCUUCAUAUUAUAAUUAUUCCACAUAAUCAUUUGGGGUUAAAUUUUUUGCUACGGCAAUUAAUGUCUUUAAAAUGUUUUUUUUUUUUUUUUUUUUUGUAGAGUGUUUGGUCUAUUCAGCCAGAAGAAAAUGUGUUUUUGCUUUUUGUCUUUAAUUUAUCUGGGGUAACCCUAGGUAAGUGUUUAUUAUCCAAAGUCAAACAGAAGGUUUAAGAAAGUGUAUAUAAUGUAAGUAUGAAAAGCCUGCUGUGCCUACAUUGCUUCGUCAUAUUCUUCUGUCCUAAGUUAUGGACUGGUGGUGGAGGUUCUUGGGUAUUGAUGAUCCAAAUGAGUCAUUAAAUAGCUGUUGAUGGAAGCCGCUCUGAACUUAAAUCACAUCCUAAUAAUCACUAUUCAGCGGUUGUUUUAAUCUGUUCGUAUACAUUUUGUAAGCAACAGCUGCUCUGUUUAGUGGCAACCAGAAACCUGAAACACUAGAGGUAGUGGGUGGAUUUCUCUUUUGAAUUGUUGAUUUCCUGUACAGUCAAAAUGUAUCUAUUCUAUUUGUGGUCAUACAUGUAAAGUGCACUCAUCAGAAAAAUGCACGCAUACCAUCCUUACCCAUUUAUUUUGCAUUAACGUUCAGCUUGUUAAAUGUCUGACUUAGUAUCACAAUUGAGUUCCUUCACAGCAGAAAGAUUCAGAGGAAAUAAGAAGGUUGGUUAGUGCAGAACCUAUGUAUUGUGGAAGUGUUGUGUGUGUGUGUGUGUGUGUGUGUGUGUGUGCGUAUAAUUUUCUAUGUGAAUGGGGUAAAAAAAGAAGGAAAUAAACUUUUAAGAACAAAGGUUGCCAAUAA